AUGCCAAAAGCGCUGCCUGAUGAUCUCAAAAACCUCGUAGCAGAAAAGUACGAGAAAACCAAUCCACCCUUGAAGCCAUCUGAGUUGAGCAAAUGGGCCACGGCUCAUUUUGGCAGGCCUGUUUCAGGACAAGUUUGUACCGCUAUCAUCAAGACGACGAAAAGAGAUCAGAAAGCAAAUCCGAAAAGAACGGCGUUUGAGGACUUCCUUGGUUUCCAGGCAAAAGUAGCCUACAACGAGAGACGCAGCAAUGUUUCUAGAACUGAAGUACUCCUGCUUGCGAAGAACUGCCGAAUGCUCCCAUUUUUCAACCCAAAAGAUGUCCCGAACUUGACCCCAAACUGGUACUCCAUGAUUCGCGAUCGCUACGGCCUUCCAAAGGGCACCAACAAUCAAGGGAACAUCAUCAUUUUUGACACAGCAAAUCGAGCGAAGAUCAUGGCGAGACACCGAAAGCAAGAAGAAUUCAAAUUGCGGCCAAAAGUGCUCAUUCCUUACAGCUGGGAAUUCAUCGAUGAAAAGUGGCUGUGCAAUUGGAAUAGCAACAGAGAUCCAAAAGAUGACAACAUUUUGGAAGAGAUAGUAGCACCGCCACUUCAUGUCUACGCACUGCCUGGCGAGGUCAAAGCUCCGAACUACGACGCAGUACAAUAA